UCUUUAUAAAAUGACCAGUGCAGCCUGAUUUCUGUAUAAAAUGAAUCUGUACAUCAUUAUAGAUCUUAAACAUAUAGAUGUGUACCUUUGCAAAAAAAAUUUAAAUAAAAUAAAAACAGACUACUGUCUUUUACCUUUGGGGGGUUUAUUAUUUUCUGAUUAGUCUAGAAAUAAAAGUCUGUUCUAUGCUAUAAAAAUGGCACAGGACCUACUACGUUUUCCAAAACACUUUGUAAAAUAUCUCGCCCUACCUAGUAUGGUAUUAAAAUAUGAAAAUAGAAGCAAACAAUUGAGUUAAUAAAAGACAAAUACAUUCUACUGAUGUGCCUCAAUCAUUUGAAAAACUAGCACAGUAUGUUAUUGGAAAGCAAACUUUGUGGCAAUUGGACACCAUUGCUCUAAAAGAGCAAUGGUGGAUUAUUUAGGGAUUAUUUAGCUCCAUUCAUUUCCAACAUGAACUCUGAUAAUCUUUCCUGUAUCUGUUGAUCCCCACAGCAUAAUGCUGCCACCACCAUGUUUCACAUUGGGGAUGGUUUGUUCAGCUAUGCAGUUUUCGGCUACACAGAAUGUGGCCCAUAGGUGUUAACUUUCCUCUCUUCUGGCCAGAGAAACUACUUACAGAUGUUUGCUGUGUGUCUGUCAUAGCUAAGUUGUAAAUUCCCAAUUGGACUUCUGAUGGUGAUCUGUCAACAACAGCUUUCUUCUUGCCAGAUUUGUGGAUUUACUGGUAAGUGGUUGUCAUGUAGACAGAUUGCCCUAGUCGCACUGUGGAUUUCCGAAGCUCCUCCAAAGUUACUAGGGACUUCUUGCAUGUUUCUAUGAUUGAUGCUCACAUGAACAGCCAGGUCUUAGUAGGUUUGCUGCUCUGACAUACUGUUUCCAAUUUUGAUGAAGAACCGUGCUUCAUAAUAUGCUGGAAAAUAUGGAUCUUGUUUUAUAACUUUGCCCUCCUUUAAAAUUCCUCAUAACUUUCACCUGACCUGUCCUCUCAGUUCCUUGGUCUUUGUAACACUCUUCGUUCUCUAAAGUUCUUAAAUAAGGCCUUUAAAUAAAAGGAUGGAUGCAAACUGGCUAUUGAUGCUAACUUCAAAAGUCACAUUUGAAUAAAAAAACCUUCUUUGAUCAUUGGCUGAAAUGACCAAAGAAGUAAUUUUGACCUAAGAAGUCAAUAAAUUACUUCUUUGGUCAUUUCAGCUAAUGACCAAAGAAGUCCAGCAUCCAUUGAGUGUCUAUUUUUAAUUAGGCAUUAUAUCCCUUUCUUAAUUCACUACCAUUUAGCACACUCUCUUAUACCAUUGUUCCCUUUCACUAAUAAGCAGCAUUCACAGUUCUACUUUUAACAGAUUUGGUAAAAACCUUUUCCAGUGUUUAAUGUCAGAGGUUAGCAUUUCUAGAUCCACAAUAAAGCAUCUUAAGUACUGCACACUUUACACUAGUGUUUAAUAAUGUGUUAAUGAGUCUUAUUACAGUUCCAUAGUGCAAAUGAAUUGUCCAUGGAACCCCAUAAGUAAAUCUGAACAGAAGAACACUCUGAAAUAUUCACCCAAAGCAAAUUGACCUCAGAAUCUUCAAGUUUUCAGGCUGUGUGAAUUCCCGCCUUUCAUGGAAGUGGAUGAAUCGCUGGUUUAUCUCUUUAAGGGAGUUAGGGUGUGGCACAAGAAUAUUCUGAUCAUCUGACUCUGUGUGAAAGCUGUGUGGACAGAUGCAGAAAUCUCCCCUCCCACUUUUUAUUUCUAGCUGUGUGGUUAAUCUUCCAGCAAAUGUUACUGGUCAUUCCUGAUGACUAACAUUCCCAGUCUAUCCACUAAUCCAACCUUGGCGGAGCUGACCUUUCUGUCAACAGCUUAUGACCAGUCAGAGCUGUCCCUCCCUUCAGGCAGGCAGUUUGACCCUUUGCCUUUUCCUGUGUGAGGGAGGACACAGCAUAUUUCCCAACAUUAUGUUGGCUAAUUGGAAGUUUUGCUCGCGUUGGCCCUGACAUUUCUGUUCUGUUGGCUUUCUGUUGUAUCCUGAAAGGCACAAAUCCCUCUCAGGAUACAACAUGACAAGCAGCACAAUGUGUUUAUGAGAAUAUAGACACAACAGUGGAUGCGACUUGUAGAUUUAGGCCAGCACCCUUCGUCCUAUAUAGACCAAAAUAUAAGAAGCGUUCCUGCACAAAGCGAGCCCCUCUGCACAGUUAACAUGUCUCAUUUCUUCUGCUCUAGUUUGUAUGUAGGUCAUCUGUAGUGGAGUGACAGUUCUACACUGCACUCAGUAGGUUUUAGCUAUGCAAUCAUUUGUUGCUUUGCAUUUCUGCCCGCUCUUAUCAGUCAUAGCAAUUAAAAUAAUCUCUCAAAUAGCAGAAUAACAACAAAAUAUAGGAUCUUGUGUGUUGGAACGGAAUUCAGCCAUUUUAAUGAUAAAACAGACAAUAUUCUAAAUUUUAUAAAUCUCAUCCUGAGGGUUAUCAUAAAAAAAAACUUGUGGAAGGUUUAAAAUAUGAAUAAAAAUCUGUCUUGAGAUUUGAGAAGAACCUGCCUUCAUAAUUUGUUUAGUAAUUUUACAUUAUGUUUGAACAAAUAUUAAGAAAAUGUGAUCAUUCAUAUGUGUUGACAUUAAAAUAACUAAAAAGGGUUUUAUCAAUAAUUCUUUCUGGAAAAUCUAAUUAAUUGAACUAAACGUUUUUACGUUUUAUAACUAACACUUCAUUGAGUAAAUCAUUCAGUGAUACAUAGUGGGGUGAUACAUUCUCAAGAGUAAAUUAAGUCAAGUUUAAAUUAGAUUUUGAGGUGAUUUUGUUUGUUUUUCUGACUUCUAAAUUUUAUUUAAAGAGCACCAUUUUAGUUCUGAAAGAACAUAUUUUAUUGUAUAUGUAAAUGACUCAUCAAUAUUAGGUGAACAUACAUUUUAGUGUGUAUUUUCUAUUAUCUUGUAUUGCAACAACACCAGUAUUGGACUCCAAAGUGAACUUGCCACUCACAAUAUGGCGGAUGCGAUGACGAACAAUUUCUACUGAUCCGGCCUCUUCUGUUGAGUCAUCAUCAGCUCAGCAGCGAUUUGUUGUACUUUUCCCUUCAAAGAAACCCUUCAUACCAUAUCAAUAUCGUCUGUUGGAAAAUCUGAAAUAAAGUCUACAGAUGCAUCAAAUGUCUGCCAAGGCUCCUCUCAGAUGAUCAACCACCCGAAGCAGAAGAAAUGCUGCAUCAUCUUCAGUGCCUCUCUGUGCAAGAAGCCAUCAAACCCGUCUACUGCAGAUACACAGGGCCACGUUUCAGUCUGCCUCGAUCAUGACACCCAGUGGGCAGCCAUGGCAGCUGAACUGGAUGUAGUGAACCUGUUCUUCAUUGCUGGAGCAACACUGGCUAUUCCCAUCCUGGCUUUUCUGGCUUCCUUCCUUCUUUGGCCAUCUGUACUCAUUAAAGUGUAUUACUGGUACUGGAGAAGGACUUUGGGCCUGCAGGUUCGCUAUGCAGACUGUGGAGGUUAUCGCUUCUGCUAUUCCUACAGAGGAAAACCUGGGAUGAGACCCUCCAUCCUGAUGCUUCACGGCUUCUCUGCUCACAAAGACAUGUGGCUGACUGUUGUCAAGUAUUUACCAAAGCACCUGCACAUCGUGUGCGUGGACAUGCCUGGCCACGAGGGGACGACACGCACCAACACUGAGGAUUACUCCGUUCAGGGGCAGGUCAGAAGGAUCCAUCAGUUUGUAGGAAGCAUUCACUUAAACAGAAAAGCGUUCCAUCUGGUGGGAACCUCCAUGGGGGGAAAUGUUGCUGGGGUUUAUGCAGCCUGCUAUCCCUCGGAAAUCUGCAGCAUGACUCUCAUCUGUCCCGAUGGAAUCAGACAUCCAUGUGAGACCAAAUUUGACAAUCACCUUCAAGAUCUGGAACACAGCAACUUCACACUGAACAUCCCGCUGAUCCCAACUACACCAGACGAGAUGGAGGACAUGUUCAAACUCUGUUCUCAUGUUCGCUUUAAAAUUCCUCAGCAGAUUCUUCAGGGAUUGGUUGAUGUGCGAGAACCUCACAACGCAUUUUAUGAAGAAGUUUUUAUGGAGAUCAUCGGUGAGAACUCAAGAUAUGCCUUACAGGAGCAUUUGCAUCUCAUAACCUCACCUUUACAAGUGAUUUGGGGCAAACAAGAUCAGGUGGUGGAUGUCUCUGGAGCUACAGUCAUUGCUGAGUUGGUGCCUGGAUGCAGGGUGGACUUGCUGGACAACUGUGGUCACUCUGUGGUGAUGGAGAAGCCGUGUCGGACAGCCAAACUUAUUCUGGAGUUUAUUAUCCUGCAGCAAACUGCAAAGAGCGGCACAAAGAAGUCUUCUUGAAUAUUUAAUGUUUCCAUUACUGUGUCACAGUUUUAUAAAGACUUCAACACGUGGCCCAAAAGGCAAGAAUUACAAUGUAGAGAUGUUUAUUGUUUUAAGGAACUGCAUUUUAUAAAUUACUUAAACUUGUUGUCAGUAGGUUUUGGAUAUUGCUAAGCUUUUGCUGGUGUGCCCGGAUGUUUCUGGCAAGAUUUACCCUAACUUUCAAAGAAUACAUUUCCUGCUCACAAAUGGAAAAAAAAAAAAAUCUCACUAUAAGAAAUAUCAAAACUGAUAUUUUAAAUUUUUUAAAUGUAAGUUUGUUUUUUGAUAAUGUUUUUCAUAUUAUUACUGAUAAACUGACAUAUGUGUAUAACAGCACAUCCUAUUUCACUCUCACCUAUUUCAGUUAAACUCAGUUUUGUGAAGCGAUUUAAGCUUGAUAUCCACUAUUGUACAUUCUGUGAAUAAAGUCCUAGGAAAAUCUU